GCGGCGUAAGGGGGAUUCCCCGUGGGAAGUUCCCAACGCAUUAUAAACAUGUAAAAUAUACAUUUGUACGAAAUACAGUUUCCUCUCCCGCUUGUGCUAAAAAAAGUUGAACUUGAAGAUUCAAAACCUGUCGCUGUGUCAAAAGACAGAAUAAAUGUAGAUCUUGUUGAGAGUUUUCGAUUUAAGGGCUCAUGACAGCUGUGUCAGUAAUGAUACUGAAGUGCAAAGCAUGGAGAAGAAUAUUGGAGAACAGCUCAAGAAAGCCUUCGAAGCCUUUCGACAAGCCUCUAUCGAGAAAGAUAGCGCUAAAAAGGAACUCCAGCAGAAGACAGAAUAUUAUGAAAAAUACACCCAACAACUUGAACAAAAGAUAAAGGACCAAAACCAGCUAAUUUCUAACCUUAAAUCUCAGUUGAAUUUGGCAACAAAGCACACUUCAGUGGAGGGGAAAAGUUGUGAGCCGGGUCUCAGGAAACAGGAAGUAGAAACCUUAUCAGACUCUGAUCAGCACCCAGACGGCAUGCCGUGCGUCUCCCAGGGGAGAAAACAGGGGGAAGACUGCCUGGAAGCUGCAGUGGUGUCUCCACACGGCCUGCCCAGGCCCUCUCACACAGAGAACAAAGACGUUCUCGAUGCGUUUCGUGAACUUCAGGGAAAAUUCUUCCUGAUCCGGACGUUAGCUAAAAAACAGAAGGAUCACCUGAGAAAAAUAUGUUCAGGAAACAAUUCGGCGAAUGAUCAGCAGUUCUCCAUGCCCAUCCAGUGCACGGACGUGACGGCGGCGCAGGCGGAGGGGCCCUUCUCGUCCGCCGUCCGGGGCGAGGAGCUGGCGACCGCGUCCCUGGCGUCCCGGGGCGCCAGCCCCGAGGACGGGGACUUCAUGGACUCCCUCGUCAAGCUGAGCGUCAAGUUCCCGCCGUCCACGGACAGCGAAUACGAGUUCCUGAACAGCACCCCAGAGAAACACAUUGAGGCGGCCAUGAGGAGGGAAGGGCCGGCCAUGGUUGUCGUGGUCCCCGCAGUGGCAGACGAGGGGGUUGGCAGGUUCCCGUACGAUCUUCUUCCACCUGGUUCUCCCUCCAGCCCACUCAACCCGGACAGUAUUCGAGGUCCCCAGAAGCUCGUCUGGAGCCCAGAGCUGUGUGAGGCCACAGGACUGGAGGGGAGCGCUGACCUCCAGCAGAACACCAGCCCAAAGUACUGCGAAUUCUGCAAUACCCUCGUUCCCCAAGACCACAUAUACAGCCACCUUAAUUCACACUUCCUGGAUGAAACCAGCAACGGACACUAGCAGACGCGAGUUCCUUCAAUGGGUUUACUGAGGGUACAUCUAUCUCUUUGUAACCUCCCUGUGAAUGCGUGUAGUAUGUAGUGUGUCUGUUUACAUUUACCUACACAUUAUGCCCUGGAACAAGAAUGAGUUGCUCCUUCCUGUAUACAUAUUUAAUUUGUCUCUUCGUACGAGUAGAAUGAUAGGCUUUAGUGUUUGUCUUUAAAAAAUUGUAAAGUCUGCUCAGCAUGGAGUAAGUUCUGAAUGGUUGUGUGUAAUAAAGCCGUGCUUUUAUUAGUUUUAUCACCUGUA